AGCCCCAUCAUGUGCUUGUCCUUGGUUCUUUCCCUGCUGCACAAUGACGCUGCCUCGUAUUUUUAUUUUGCUUGGCCCUGAAUGUCAUAAAACAACAAAGCACAAGAAAGGACAAAUACCCUCCCCCUGGCAGAUACUCCUGAGGUCCCUGUCCCUGUGUUGCGCUGCUGGCAACUUCAGACUUCAAGAGGGAAAAGGGAGAAAAGCCUUUCAUCGCAGAAACAGGAAACCACGUAGCUUGUAGCUGACCUCUCAACCGUUGCUCACCAUGGACAACGCAGCAACACAGCCAGGCACAUCCCUCCAGCAAUUCCUCACCUCCCUCGUCGUCUCUUUCAGUAUCUUUGUCGGUACGACGCUGGUAUUUGUGCUCCUCCGAAAGCGCAUCUUGCGCAUCUAUGAGCCAAAGUCGCAUGUUGCCCACAUACCAGCCAGGCGACAGACGAGGCCGCUGCCAGGCGGGCCCUUCAGCUGGGUCAGUCCCCUUGCGAUGGAGACAGAUUUGGCGCUUCUUGCUAAGGCUGGGCUUGAUGGCUACUUCUUCCUGCGCUACCUCAAGUUCAUGGUUGUGAUCACGCUGGGUGGAUGUGUCAUGUUGUGGCCUAUCCUGCUGCCCGUGUAUGGAACAGGCAAGGCAGGCUCCAAAGGCAUGGACAAAGUGUCCAUUUCCAACAUUGCCGGCGAUGAGGGACGCUACUAUGCGCCCGUACUACUCUCUUGGUUCUUUGUCGCUUUCGUUUGUUUUGGCAUCUUUCGUGAACACAGGCACUACCUGCAAGUGCGUCAAGAAUACCUUACUUCACCAGGACAUGCAGAGUCGAUGCAGGCAUGUACUGUGCUAGUAACACAGAUACCAGCCGCAUUCAGGUCCAAGACGGCCUUGUCUUCCGCCUUUAGUGGCUACCCCGGCGGCAUUCGUCACAUCACCAUGAACAGAAAUCUUGAUAAGCUCGAGGAGCUGGUGGAAGAGCGAAGCAAAGCAGCCCUGAAGCUUGAAGCUGCUCAGAUCAAGCUCAUCAAGACAGCCAUCAAGAAACAAGGCAUGGACAACAAACAUGACGGCAACGAGGCAGGCGAAGGCGCAGCUGGACAACAUGUUCCAGUCGGUAAGCGACCUUCCCACAAACUCGGCUUCUUGGGCGUCCUUGGCAAGAAAGUAGACACAAUUGACUGGUGCGAAAGUGAACUACAAAGGUUAAACAACGAGAUUGAACACGGCAAAGCGAACAUGGACGAGCAGCCCAUGAUGAACAGCGCCUUCUUGACUUUCCACAACCAGACGGCCGCUCAGAUGGCAUUACAAACCAUAACUCACCGCGAUCCUUACGCUAUGCAUCCACGGUACACCGAAAUCGCUCCGCACGAUGUCGUUUGGAACAAUAUGAGUCUGACUUGGCAGCAGCGGCUCGUCAAGUCCUCAAUCGUUACAGCGUUUAUUGCUGCUCUCAUCUUGCUCUGGUCUGUACCUGUCGCGUUUGUUGGAACCCUCUCCAAUAUUGACUACCUCACAGAUAAGGUUCCCUUCCUUCGCUUCAUCAACAACUGUCCAGAGGUACUCAAGGGUCUCAUCACAGCAUACCUGCCAAUUGUCCUCCUGGCUGUGCUGAUGGCCUUAUUGCCAGUAAUCAUGCGAUUCUGUGCCAAGACUGCUGGCGUUCCAACACGGUCUCUCAUCGAGUUUUCCGUCGCCCAGUACUACUUUGUGUUCCUUGUCGUCCAGUCAUUCUUGGUUGUUACUGUUGUCAGUGCCAGUGUUGCUUCCGUCACGGCCAUCAUCGACAACCCCUCUUCAGCGCCAUCCCUGCUCGCUGAGUCGCUGCCAAAGGCAUCCAACUUUUACAUCGCCUAUAUUUUACUGCAAGGACUGGCCAUCAGUGCGGGUGAGUUGGCACAAAUCGUGUCCCUUGCGCUCUACUUUAUUCUAGGCAAGCUGCUGGACAAGACGCCCCGCAAACAGUUCAAUCGCUACACAACCUUGCGUAACGUCGGCUUCGGUACGCUCUUUCCGGUCUACACCUUUCUCGCCUUCCUCUCUCUGGUCUUCUCAGUGAUUGCGCCAAUUUUACUUUUCUUUGCAGCCCUCGCUUUUGGUCUAUUCUACUUGGUCUACAAGUAUCAAUUUCUUUUUGUCUACCAGCUCGAUGUCUCAACCAUGGGCAGGCUUUACCCUCGCGCAUUGCAACAAACGCUUGUCGGUCUUUACUUUAUGGAAGUCUGCAUGAUUGGUUUGACGGCAGUUGGCAAGUCCUAUGGAGCCAUUGCCUUGUCCAUCAUUAUCCUUGUCGCUACGGCAAUCUUCCACAUUACCCUCAACAAUGCAUUCGGGCCAUUGCUCGAUGCUGUCCCUACCAUGCUCAUUGGCUCACAUACAAAGGAAAAAGGAGCAGCGAUGGAAGGUGUCGAAGGAACGUUGACAGCCUCCAACACAAACCAUUCUGAGGAAAAGACAGGCGAUCGGGCAUCCCUUACCGGUCACCGUUCUGAGAAUGUGUUUGAUGAAAAGGCUUACCAGCAUCCCGCUUUGCAAGCACGACAACCCGGCAUAUGGCUGCCUCGUGAUGGACUUGGUGUCUCAGCUGACUUGACACGAAAGACACGCGAGGGUGCGGGAAUUGAAUCUUCUGAUGCCGGUGCUUCGAUCGACAACAAGGGCCGUGUCACUUGGGAUGGCAAGACAAACCCACCAGACUACGACGCCUCGCAGCGGGACUACGAGCUCUAAAUUCAUAACUGCCUAGUCUUCCAGCUUUCAUUCUUCUUGAUAGAGUCUACUCGUAUACUCAAUUCCCCUUCACCGUUUUAAUGAUCCGCACACGACACUGAACUCUACUGUGCCACGCUCAAGACCACCUUUCGCGACUAUAGCGUCAAGAUCCAAGCUUCGCAGAGUCCUAA